GGCAUUUCGCAGCCAGCCAGCCAGCCAGCGAUGGAGGAUCCCUGGAGCAGUUCCUGCUUCGGCAUUCUGGAUUAUAAGACAGAGAAGUUUGCCGUGAUCAGGAACAGAAAGGUUGGAGUCCUGUUCCGCCUGAUCCAGCUUGGGAUCCUGGGCUAUAUCCUCGGGUGGGUGCUCCUAGCCAAAAAGGGCUACCAGGAACGGGACCCUGACCCCCACACCUCCGUGAUCACCAAGCUGAAAGGGGUUUCAGUCACACACAUCAAAGAGCUUGGACACCAGCUGUGGGAUGCAGCCGAUUACGUGAAGCCACCACAGGGAGAAAAUGUGUUCUUUCUGGUGACCAACUUCAUUGCUACUCCCAAGCAAGUCCAGGGCUUGUGCCCAGAGCACCCUUCUAUUCCCAGUGGAAACUGCAAGGGAGAUUUGGACUGCCUGGAGGGGCAGCCUGUGGUCCACGGAAAUGGUAUAAAAACAGGGAAGUGUGUCCAGUUUAAUGCCUCUCAUGGCACCUGCGAGGUCUACGGGUGGUGUCCAGUGGAAAGCAAGACCCUGCCCAGGAAACCAGUCUUGGCUGCUGCAGAAAAUUUCACUCUCUUCAUUAAAAACACGGUCAACUUUACCAAGUUUAACUUCUCCAGGAGCAACACUUUAAAGACGACUGACGACUCCUACUUCAAGAGCUGCAGGUACGACAGACUCGCCAGCCCUCACUGCCCCGUCUUUCGCAUUCGUGACAUGGUCAGAGCAGCGGGAGAGAGCUUCGAGAAGAUGGCACUCUGGGGGGGAGCCAUCGGCCUGCGGAUCAACUGGGACUGCGACUUAGACUGCCCCCCUUCAGCAUGCCAGCCCUGGUACUCCUUCCACCUGCUGGAGAGGAAAUUCAAUUUCAGAACUGCCACCUAUUAUCAGGACCCUGAGCAUCGGCUCUCCCGAAGCCUGCUGAAACUCUACGGCAUCCGCUUUGACAUUUCUGUCCAUGGCCAGGCUGGAAAAUUUAGCAUUGUUCCCACCGCAGUCAACCUGAGCACUGGGGCCGCUUUUCUUGGUGCAGCCACCGUGGUGUGUGAUCUUGUUCUGCUGUACCUCGAUGCCAGAGCAGAAUUCUAUCGGCGCGAGAAGUACGAGGAGUACCGGGAUAAGACAGCCCUCUUCUCUGAGGCUUUUAAAGAAUUGCUCAGCCACCCAGAGGUUUCUGUGGGAUCACCAGGCCAAGCCGCCGAAAGGCAACGUCCCGAAGCAGGCGGGCUCCGAGGAGAAACCGGGCGAAUGAGGGUCCUCCGGCGCGCUCCCCUUGGAGAAGGCUGCUCUUCCCGAAGGGAGGUCCGCCACGCUGGGCCCCGUCCAGCCAUCGCAAGCAUGGAGGAGACUGAAGAGCCUUCGCCAGCAGCCUCAGCACCCCGCCCGGAGACACGCCGCCGCCCUCCCUGGCCCUGCACACCUUGAGCUCCAGCAUGACUCCCUCCGACAGGCCCCAGAACGGGACGUAGAAGGCAUUGAAGUACAGCAUCACCUGCAGCGGCAGACUGGACAGCACAGGGCGGUCUGGGAGGGACACAGCACAGAGGGCUUCUUGCAGGAAGCGUUGCCACGGGACAAUCGCCAGCCUUCCUGCUUAUUCCCGGAAUUGUGGAUUGGCUGCUGCUGCUGGCUUCAUUUAGCAGCCCUUCCCUGCCACUGUCUACUAUUCCUAACUGCUAUUAAAAUACGAAGAGCAAAUAAGAUUUGUAACUACAACACUGAAUUGGUUAAUAAAACACACAAAAGCAA